UCAGUAGCCAAGAAUGGACAAAAUGAACACUGGCUCUAGAUCCAGACAUUUGCAUUUUCACGUUGACCACUGUAGUUAAAAGCUUGUGUCCAACAUGCCAAACAGCACUGGGGAAACACUGACUUUUAACGUGAAACUGCGUCUUUCAGUGUUUUACCCGUUUAAGUCACCUGGUCCGUUUGAGUUGGAGAGGAAGAGACCUCAAAUGAUAAUUUGGCUCCCAAUAGAAACCUCCUAAAUGUCUAAUUCAUACAUUAUCAGGGAAACAAGCUGAGCAAACUUUAGCAGCAACUCAGCUCCAGCCCCUGCUGUGUCAAACAGCAUCAGAGAAACACCGAUUUUAUGAUGUGAAACUGCUUUAUUCAGUGUUUUUACCGCUUUUAAUCAUGUAAUCUGUUUGUUUUGGAGAAGAAGAGACCUCUGAGGAUAACUCAGCUCCCGUUAAGAACCUCGUGAACAAGUAACAUUGAAGGAAUUCUAACCAGUAGAAGUUUCAGCUGGUUGACAUCUGCAGUCCUCACUGAUCGGUGCCACCAAGUCUCCCUAAGUCCUACACACAAGUCCUUUAAAUGUGAUCGUGUCAUGACAAACUACAAGGAAUGUAACCUGAGCUUCAGUCAAGUAAAAACUGAUCAAUAUGAUCAAAUCACAUCAGUCUACUAUUGAUUAUGAAUCGUUCCCUUGAGUUACAGCAGCACUACCAAUAUGUAAAAAUGUCUGCAGCUGAGAUUUAUUUGGGUAAAAGUACAGUGGAACUGUCUGUAAAAUGUACUUUAAGUACAAAAGUAAAACAACAGUUAUUUCUCCUAUAAGUUGACUGUUAAUACUAACGUGUUACUGUAGUAACUGUUGAAGGUGGAGCUGAUUUUAUGUGCUGUUGAGAACUUUAAUCAGUAACACUGCAUGUGCAUGAUUAGUCGGUUAAACGUUGCUAACCUCACUAAAGAAAUGAGUCUGUUAAACUUAUUAUAAUUAAGUUACUAUUUGAUGCAGUUGUGUUCACCAAAUGAAAAUACUGUUGUAAUAAUCAGGCAGUUUUCCCAAAGAUUUAUUUUCCUAUAAAGGGUUGCUUUCAAUAUAACAUUUGCCAACUAAUAUUUAGUGAGCUGUCGUUACGUUUUUUAGGAUUAUGUGUUCAUUAUGCUCGAUAUAAGGUGCAACACGCUUCAGCGCCAUUAAAAUACUAUUUGGAUAUUAAAAAAUGUGAUUAAAUUCCUCUCAUAAAAACAUUGUUUUUUUCCCCUGGACAUAGUUUAACUUUCUAGAUUAAUCUGUGCCCAAUUUAUAACCAUUAUCUGUGUGUUUUCUUGUCUUUCUAAUCAACUUAUGUAAGUUUAAAUUUCUGUUUAUUUGUCAGUGAAAUUAGUCGUUGGGAACAUAUCUAGCAACAAUAAACACAUUUUGAACAUGUUCUUUGGUAAAAUAUUUUCUAUACAGUAAGUAAAGCUGACAGAUAAAUACAGUGGAGCAAAAAGGAAAAACAUUUCUCUCUGAAAUGUAGAGUGCAGCUAUAAAGUAGCAUAAAAUGGAAAUACUCAUGCACCACAAAAUUGUACUUUAGUGCAGUACUUAAGUACUGUUUCUACAACUACAACCUAUUUAUUUAUACUGCCAUUAUAAUCUGAAUCACAGACUUGUAAUUGAAUCGUUUUUAUCUUGUUAUAUAAUUCAUUAUAAACCCACACAUUCACAUGUAAGAUGAAUGAAACUGGAUAAAACGCUCCUGCUGCUUACAGCCCAUUUGUUUGUCAACAUCAUUCGUGUUUACUUGUUGUUCUUUUCCUGCUGAAUUCCGGAGAAAAAAAACUGGGUCAACUCGACAUGUCGUCCUACAAAGAGCUCUUUCUCCUCAGUCAAGAUGGAGCCGAGAAACACUCCCACCAGUCUCAGCAGCCCUCCAUGUUACACUGAAGACAGCUCUUAACGAGUCGUGCUGCCCUUUAAGGCGAAUUAAUUCAUUAAUGCGUCACAAAAUAAACGUUUUAUCUUUAUCAAAGGCCCUGACGAAAAAUAGUGAUUGGCGAAUUUAGCUUGUGUAAGUUAAAGAAUACUGACUAGACUAUAACACACACACACACACACACACACACACACACACACACAGGCAUGUGAGUUAUGAGCUCAAGUGGAUUUAUUAGUUAUAUCCUUUUAUGCUCGACCUGAUCAGGACGGUCCAGUGUUUGAUCUAACGUUAGAACCGCAUCACACUGUAAUAAGCGGACAGUUACCUGGCUAACCGCAACCUGGCUAACUGCCUGGUUCCCCACAGCACAGGAAAAUCACAGCUGUUAGCCGCGUGUUAGCCUGGAAGCUAACCUAGCAACAGCAGCAGCUCAUUUUGUAUUCACCUCCAUCUGCACUGGACUGAAAAUCACGUAAGAUGUUAGAGAUGAUAAAUAAUAAACAAAAAACACCGCCAUGUUAACGUUCAAUAACUUCUACGCAGGGCGCAUGCGCCUUAUUCCGCGCCCUUGCAGCACAAACGUGCACGCGCGUGGUACAUUUAAACAGAACGGAGGUUUAACGGUCGAAUCUGACUUUAGUCUGAACAGUUACACAUCAGUAUGACCCCAAAAUGGCGGCUGUUACUAAAUGAAAACGAUAAAUUCUCCUCUUUAGUGGCGACGAACGUUAAAUUUCAACUGUUAACGUAAUAAAGUCGUUAUUCACUGACUAUAUACAGUCCGUAUUAAACUAAAUCAUGUCUGUUGACUCUUACGGUCGACCUCUAUCCGGUCAGCGGUUCGGUUCACUGCUGGGUUCAAUAAAUGUUCGGUUUCUGAAACUACAGCCAGCAGCUCCAUCAUGGCUGAAACCCUUUGUUUGUUACAGGGGGGAACCUUUGAGUGUUUACCCGAGGCGGAGCGUGGAUAUCCGGCCAUUUACCCAACACAGAAUACCACAUAUAAUCGCAUCGCUUCCCUGCAUGAGUCCACUUUAGAAGUUACGUGAAAUAAGGCCGACAUUUUCACGCAGUAGUCCGCUGUUUCUAUGAGCUUCUCGCUCGGUGAAACCAUCAUGGUGUCCGCUGCUGUGCUGUGACUAAACAAGUGACCGAACAUGAGCAGUGAAACACGGCAACCUGAAUCUCACAAGCAAAACUGUCAUGAACUCUUUCACGUUGAGUCCAUGUUGGGAAGCGACACCAUCAAUUACAGUUCUGACAAACAAGAAGCGACGGCAAGAAGCGAUUUACGUGUACAAGUUAAGUUAACCAUUUCUUCGCCAUGUUGGAGGAAGACUGCAGAAUGUGUCUAUGUAAACCCACCCUGAUCUUUAAUCAAUCCCAUCGAUCACCAGUUAAAUCUCCAUUGGCUCCACAUGAUUCGUGUAUCUGACUGUAGUCUGGCUCGUUACAGGAAAAUAGUCCCUAUAUUAUGAUCAUAGAGCUCCGGAUCUUGUCCCGGACACUCAUCCACCAGCCUCGCAGGUUUGAGUCCAUUAAAUUCGGUUUAGAUUCAGUUAAAUCCCAGAGAAAUGAAAACUGGAGACCAGCCAUCCGUCCGUCCUCCUGUCUGUCUGAUCUGUCAUGGCGUCUGUCCCCAGCUUCCAGGCGGUUUAAAUACUCCAUUAAACAGUCCAACAGGUAGAUGCAAACGUACACAACAGAGCGCACCGUCCCGCUGCUCUUCAGAUACACCCCUGCAGAUACCGGACGGUAGAUUCUCCGGUGACGGUGCUGAGAGCAACCGGGGCGAGUUUUGAACCAGGUGGCGGCAGCAAGAUGGCGUCGGAGGCUGCGCAGUACUGUAGAAGACGAAGACAGGGCGAUGACGUCUACGUGCAAAGACACCGCAUGCUUUCACCCCCACAGUUAGGAAAAAAUCCACGAUGUCGACGGGGUUUGUACGACGGAAAACAGACGAUAACGCACGGAUUAAUGUUACACCGUCGAAAUACUUGAUGUGUUCGCCCACGCAGAAGGAUGCUGUCUUGAACCAUCGUACAUUUGUAUAAAAAGCAGGACCCUCCUGCCCUUUAGAUGUCUGGGGCCUGUUCAUGGCUUCUAAGAAGAAGCAGAAAGGAAUGGUGUUCCAUCAGGAAGGGGCUACCACCCCUGCAGCGGCACUGGCCGCAGACCAUCCAACGGCCCGCUUUGUUGUUCCUAAACCAGGGAAGGCAAGUGAAGGUGGGAUGGAACGAAGCACCUGUGUAACCAAUGAAGAGACAGGUAUGAAGGGGAAACCCAAUAUGUACCCAUCGAAAGAGUCCAUCAGGACAUCUGGUGGACUUCCCUCUGCAAAACAUUCCACCAGUUUAAACCCUCAGCUGGACAACCUGUCACCUGAUAGCAUCUGCAAUGGCAUCAGAGUGACACUGGACAACAACAGCAUGUGGAACGAGUUUUUCAGAUGCAAAACGGAGAUGAUUCUGACUCAGCAAGGCAGCAGGAUGUUCCCCUAUUGCCGCUUUCGCAUCUCUGGCUUGCAGUCCUCCAAGAAAUACUCUCUGAUCAUGGACAUUCAACCUUUGGACAACAGUCGUUACAAGUGGACUGGCAAGAGCUGGCAAGUUGCUGGAAGGGCAGAGUGCCAUGUUAAGUGUCAACCAUUCGCUCAUCCAGAGUCCCCGUCAACAGGUCAACACUGGAUGCAGAAUCCAGUGUCCUUUUACAAACUGAAGCUCACUAACAACAUCUCAGAUCAAGAGGGGAACACCAUCCUGCACCCUAUGCACCGCUACUUACCACGGCUGCACGUGGUCCAAACUGAUAAAGCUGCUAAAGACAUAAAACUAAACAAUCCCAAUGUUGUUACAUUCACUUUCCCCCAAACUGAAUUUAUGGCAGUCAUUGCUUACCAGAACUCACGGUUUUCUCAGCUUAAAGUUGACUACAACCCAUUUGCUAAAGGACUGAAGGAGGAGGGCUCUAGUUCGUUGGGCCUAAAGCUUAAAUUGAACUCUGGCAAAGACUUGCACAAAGAAGGAGGCACAACAACCACUGAGCAACAUCCUGUGAAGAAGAGCUUGAAGUCUUUGCUCGCAAACCAUAAACCUAGAAGCUCAAAAGCAGUGGACGAGAAGCCUUCAUGGUCAGCUGACCUCCAGAAAAACUCCACCACAAACAAAGAUCAGUCAGCUGCCAAUGUCACUGGGGAAUGUUUGCGCAGUAAUUCACACCCAGCUCAGAAAUUAUUUUCUGAACUGAUCCGGGAGGCUCACGUUUCACUGCAUAGAUGUGACAUGGAGGAGCUGGGAUUCACUAACAGCACGUCUCACAGAACUGAGCGAACCAACACUAAAACCACAGCUUUGAAAAGCAAUGGACAAGAUAAUCCCAAAAAGGACAGCAUAUCUGUCAAAACACAAAGCAAAACAUCACCUGCAAAGAAGGGUGAAGUUGUUGUAUCAGAGAGGAAAGUUAAGGGAGAUAAGGACCUUUUGAAUUCAUUGAAUUGCAAAGACAAUGUUGGGACAGUUCUAAAGUCUGAAGUCAAUAAUGUUGCUGCUCCAGCAGUGUCCCAGAACUCCUCUGGUGACUCAGACCAACAAUGUAAGACUGAAGCUCCAUCAGAGGUGAAAGUAAAGCAACAUAAACGGCCAGCGCCUCUGCCUCUGCCAGCUCUUGCUCUUUUUUUGAAGCAGCAUUCAGCAAAAUCUAAAGUAGCCAAGAGCAAGCUGGACUCUUCUCCUGCAGCACUCCCAUUGGAAUCUCUGUCUGAUUCACAGAGUUCUGCUGCAAAUCCUGCAUGUUCGCCUUCUGAUCAAGACCGCAAAGCAGCUGGUCCAUGGAAGGACCUAACUGGAUAUAUCACAAAGUCCAACAACCAGGACUCUGGACAUGCUGCUGCACUUCCUAGACCAGAUGAAAUGGUUUUGAAUCAGCCUUCCAGUCCAUUUUGUCCUGUUGCCACUACAGACCGAAAGGGACAAAGAACUAAUUUCUUGGACUCUGUUUCAGUUGCUGAAAGCACAGGCUCAGAGCUUGCAGUACAAGAUGGUACACCAGUGUUACCCAACUCAGAUCAGCCAUCUUGUACCCUUGGGACAUCUGUAUCCACCAUUUCUUCAACUCUUGCUACCUCUUCUACAUCUUUCAUUUUGUCACCAACCCUCGACACAGUGUUACCUGCCCCAAACUCACCACAAACACCAACCAUCACUGAGUCUUCCACACUACCUUCAGACUCACCAACUAUGAAGUCUGAUUCUUUGCUACCUGACCCAGAGUGUUCUUCAUUUGGCUUUGAGCCUUUGUCCCCUGCAAGCUCUCCAGAACCCUUACCUUCCCUGCCCAUCUUGUUAGCUCUAGAUCUUGACUCCACUACUUCUGAACCACCUCCAAAAGCAGUAUCUCCCAAAGAGUUGCAGCAAAGUGAAGACUCUGCUGCCUCUGUGUUUAAAUGGCACACAGUGUUACCUCAAAGUAGGCCUUACAUGGACACUUCAUUCACAACAUUUCAACCUACAACACAGACUCUUCCUUUAGAGUCUGUUCCGUCACCUUUGUUGCCUUCCCAGUCUCCUUCCCACUCUGAACCACAGACUCUCGACACCUCCACAUCCACAUCCACACCUCCCCCUGAUUCUGCUCCAUCAUUUCAAGAAAAUGAAUCCCUGCCCUUCCCUGCAGAGCUGUCCCCCCUUGCACUUCACUUGCCGCUGUCUCCAACCUUUUCUUCAUUAGAUGGAGAUGCAUUGUCACCCACGCCUUCAAUCGCAGACCUUGUGCACUUUUUCUCCACCGAAGAUGACUUUGGGAUGGAGGUGGAGUUUUCAAACACAGAGGCAGUAGCUGCUCCCUGCCCACCUCCAAGUGCAGUAGAGGCAAAUACACGCAAGCCUUCUCAGCAGGUGCAACCAGCCAAAAAACCCUGCAAGGGCAAAAAGAAGUCCCAGCGGCAAAAGCUUGCCAAGACAGAUGUAGAUCAGAACAUGGAUGUUGCCACCUACACUAACAUGAGGCCUAACUUGGAGGAAGUUGAGGAACAGUUAUUUAUCUCAUUCACCUCAAAGGAGGCCCUCAAACUUCACAUUGCGGACUCCUCUGUUGGAACGGUCUCACAGCCUCAGACGACACCUGAAUGUCAACUGCAAGAAACUGCUGACGCAUCUGAGAAUGUAGAGACAGCAGAGAGUUUGGAGGAGAAGAUCGCUGCAUACGAGAAGAUUCUUCUGAGAGACUUGAAGCUGAUGAGACACAGACAAGUGAUCCAUCCUGUGCUGCAGGAAGUUGGUCUGAAGCUGAGCCUGCUGGAUCCGACUCUGGCCAUAGACCUGCAGUACCUGGGAGUCCGUCUGCCCAUCCCCCCUCCUGGAGUCUCUCUGGAGCCACUGACCCAGGAGCUGCCGCCGUCUCAAGGUGUUUCUGCAGCUUUUGUGUCACGGACAGGAAAAACAACAGAUGUGACUCAGAUUAAAGGUUGGAGAGGGAAAUUCACUCCAUCAGAGGCUCCUCCCCCUCCAACAGCAACCAAACCUGAAGCUGGUCCCAGUUCAGAUCCGCCAAAGAAGAACCUGUCUGCGUUCUGCAGCGACAUGUUGGAUGAGUAUCUUGAGAAUGAAGGGAAGCUGAUUGAUGAGCGAGCCGCCAGCUUCUCUCAGCCUCAGGUGGAACCGGUAGUGUAUGAGCUGCCUACCAGGAGCACCAGCUACGUUCGAACCCUCAACAGUGUCCUGAAGAAACAGCCCAGCAGCUUCCCCACCUCAGACCUCAUAUCUGGGUUUGUCCCCCCGUCCAAGAGACCUAAACUCCCCGUCAGAGAGACCAAAACAUCAAGGAAAGGAAACAUGAGGCAGAAAGGUCCUAAACACCACAAACACAGUGCAGAACCAGGCUUAACAGCUGCACUCAGUCCAGCUGAAUCAAACCUGUUCACUAAACAAUCCACAGUCCCAACAGCCACUCUCUCAUCAGAACACACAUCCCCCGUCACUGAACCUCACACACCAAAGAAACACCGCCUGAAAGUCCAAUUGGACAACACAGAACCGUUUACUCUCUCUUCUCAACCCAAGAAUAGGAAGAAGCUCAAACCCAAGACCUUGUCCCAGACCCUCAGUCCCCUCAAGUCCACCCUCCCCCAGCGUGGCGUGUCAGAGGACAUGGCUCCGCUGGAGUCUGACUCUGAACUGGGGACCGCUGUCGAUCAGAACACAGAGAGCAGCAGGCAGAAGAACGGGCCGCCGAUGACCCGAGCUAUGCUGAAGCAGAAGGACCUGGAGGACGAGGUUGUGUGGGGAGGGCGACCUAGGACCAGCAUCACAGAGGAGAGGGCCACUGUUGCUCUGACAUCACUUUUUACAUUGAUGGGUUUUGUCAGUGAGAACCCAACCGCUCCCAUCCAGCUGGUGCGGAGACAAGCCCCUCUCUGCCUGAACGAGUUCUGCCGGCUGGGCUGCGUGUGCUCCAGUCUGUCCCACUGCGUCAGGAUUAGUCACUGUGGCCGGCCCCAGUGCAUGCUGGGCUGCAGCUGCCUCAAACAGAAGGUGGUCCUCCUCAAGAACCUGGAUGCCUCUGACUCCAGUCCCUCCCAGCAGGGGAACGUCAAGAAGAAGAAGAGGAAGAGGAGGAUGAAGAUGGCCUACAUCCUGAAGGAGGCGGACAGUGUUUCCCAGCCUGCAGAGCGGGUCCGGGUGCUUUGGAAGAGGGACAGCGGAGACUUGGAUCCAGACCCGAUCAACGUCCCUAAACCAGCAGCCCUGUCCCGCCCCCCUGUGAAAACUGUAAGGCCUCAGGAGAGACGACAGGACAGCAGCAGCAGCGGCAGCAGCUGUGCCAGAGUCAGAGCUUACAGAGGGAAGAAGACGAGCAGCAGGAAACAGAAGACAAAGGAUCAACUGCAGAGUCAGGACGAUCCACCGGAGACGUCUAAAGAUGAAAAGUCUAAAAAGGUUCGGCUGAAGCCUUUGAAACAGAGAGACCUGACACUGAAGAGCACAGAGAUCAAACCCUCCAGUCCUCCACCAGCAGCUGAUCUGCUGCCUCUGGAUCCCUCCACCCGGUCUCCAAGUCCUCCGUCCGAGCCGCCUCCGAAGCCGUCGAAGCGUCUGAUCAUCCUGGCGGAGUGUAAGUGGGAGAACGACAGCGACCGCAGCCUGGUGCUGAAGAAUCUGUGCGAGGCGAUGGCGUGGGACCGACUGGACGAACCUUUCUGGAUCAAAAAUUAUCUCAUCAGUCCCAUUAGUCAGACUGUGGAGGACAGUGGUGGCAACCGCUGCAUCCAGUACAAGAUCCACAUCUCCAGACCCCUGCUGGAGCCGGAGAAACCAGUGAAACCAGUGAAGCCACCACAACAGAGGAAACAGAGGGAGACAACACAACAGCAGGAACACCUGGAACAGGUUGUCAUGAAGGCGGAGCCUGUUGAUAAUUGGCAGCAGGAGGUGGCAGAGGACAAAGAAGAGGUGGAAGAGGCAGAGCCACUUGAAGACUGGCAGCGAGAGGUGAUGGAGGAAGAGGAAGAGGCAGAGCCACUUGAAGAUUGGCAGAGAGAGGUGGAGGAAGACGAUAUCGAGGAGGAGGCGGAGCCAACAGAUCACCAGCUGCAUGAUGGGAGAGAGAGUGGCGGAGAGGAAACGAAUAUGACGUCAAAGAAGACGAAGAGGAUGAUGGUCAGCAUGGCUCUGCCGUUCCUGACAGGAAUCUCCCCCGCCGGCUUUCUCUCGGCCAAUAAGAAGCAGCAGGGAGGAACAGACCACCUGGUCCAGGUGAAUGGGAAGCUCUAUCCUCUGGCUAAGAUCCAGCUGGGGAGGAUGGGUGCGCUCCAUCCGGCGAACCGCCUGGCAGCGUAUCUCACUGGUCGGGUGGCGUUAAACAAGAAGCCACAAAGUUCCUCUUUUUCACCAUCUAAACCUCCUCAGAACCAGAGUUCAGCCCCAACCGUCUCCUCAUCUUCCUCUGUGGUUCCCACCCCGACACCCAAAUCUCAGCCGUCAGCCACCAUCCCAACCUCCCUGACAGUUCUUCAGCCUGCAGCAGUGAAGCUCGACCAAUCAGCUGCCUGCUCUGACCAGAGUGCAGGUGAAGCACCUGAGGGGGUGGGGACCCGGGUCGUCACUUUGAAGGUGUACCCGCGUUCAAGGGGAGGAGGCACUCAGUUCAGAGUGAUACCCCCAGCUUCUGGAAGCUCCGCCCCCGCGUCGGGUAAUAUUAAAGACUCUCAGGUCAGCAGCUCUGCGGCUCCACCUGUGACAACAGCUCCUAAAGGCUCUCAGGUGUUCAUGGUUCAGGUCCCGCCUCCUCCUGCUCCUGGGAAACUAUCUGUACCGGCCCAGCCACCCGGCCCACCACCCCCCUCCUCCUCCUCCAUUGCCUACUCCUCUGGUCAGAGGAUCGUCCUGCAGCCGGUCCAGAUGGCGUCAGGACUCCAGUACUACCGCAAACCAGACGGUAAAUUGGUCCGACUGGUUCCCCUCAGCCAGCUGAGAUCAGUCAACUUGAACCAGUCCACUCCACGAGCCUCGCCCUCAGUCCUCCCUGCUGCAUCCCUUCAACCUCCAGUCGUCACUGCUGGUAACCAAAAACCACCUCCGGCCACAGCCACCUCCACCCUCACCUCCCUCUCCCCUUUGUCUGGCCUCCAGUCUUUCAAGGUGUCCCCCCUCACCUCCCAGCUCCGCCCUGCCUCUGGUUUCCUGUCUCAGAAGGGGACGUGCACCUUUAAAAUCCUCCCCGCUAACAACAACAUGGAGCCAAUGAUCAUCACUUGUCCUAAAGUUCCUCCAAAGGUGGUGUCGGCUCCAGGCUCCUUCACUGUGCUCCAACCUCAACCCCCCAACGCGACCCCAGUGAACCUCAUCUCCCUCAAACCCUCCACAGGUCAGGGGGCUGAGCUCGGGGUCAAAACAGUGACUGUGUCCGCGGUCCCAGUGGGUCCUGGUGGGUUAUCUGCUGUCCCAGUGGGUCCUGGUGGGGUACCAGCGGUCCCAGUGGGUCCUGGUGGAUUAUCAGCUGUUCCAGUGGGUCCUGGUGGCGUGUCUGCGGUCCCAGUGGGUCCUGGUGGAUUAUCAGCUGUUCCAGUGGGUCCUGGUGGCGUGUCUGCGGUCCCAGUGGGUCCUGGUGGGGUAUCUGCGGUCCCAGUGGGUCCUGAUGGGGUGAUAGUCCACCAGAAACCUGCCGUCCAGAUCCCUUACAGACCUCCUCCUCCAGCACCACCAGAGUCAGAGGUGACACCUGCCCCCCCACCAAAGCCGGAGCCGGCCUGCAACCUGUUGGACCUGGACAUAAUCUGUGUGGACUACGAGGAAGAGCUUGACGCCACAGAAACAGGGGGCGAGGUGAAGCAGCCACCGGAUGUGGUGGAGGUGAAGGAUUCGAGCAGCGAGACGGAGAACUCGUCAGAUUUCAGUGAUGAGUCGGCGGUCGAAGAAGAGAAAGAGCCGACUCCCAUCCAGCUGCGUUUCAAUCACAACAUGUUGGAGAAGCAGCGUCGGAGGAAGUUAUGGCAGCUGUUCGAAGCUCUGAGGAGAGAAGUGGGACUGAGCAAAGAGAGGACGUCAAAGGUCUCCACGCUGAAGAAGUCGGUGGAGGUGAUCCAGGAGCUGUGGAGGACUGAGAAAAAACUAGAGAAGAAGAAGGAGAAACUACUCAAGAGGAGAGAUAAUUACCUCGCCAUCAUCGCUCCAAUAACAGAGGAGAGCAAACAGGUGAGCAGCACACGUCAGACAUCACCUGAGCUGUCAGAGGGAGGAGGGACAGGAAGUAAGGACAUAGAAGUGGUGGAUCUGUUGGACGACACGGACGAGCCGGAGAACUCGUCUGAGGAGGAGAGACCUGUUACCAAGACGACCAACGCAGUCACCGUCUCAGAGGCGGAGGAUGAGGUUCAGAUCGUUACCGUGGAGACGGUGGAGGAGAGCAGUCGGCUGAAUGCAGCUCAGAAGAAGCUGGCGAGGAUCCUGAGGAAGGAGGACUCAGAAAGCAGCGUGAAGAAGCUGGCCUAUGUUCGGAGCCUCGCAGACGCCUUCAAAGCUCUCCAAUCAGUCAUGAACACCAACAACACUUCAAGGAGCUUUCUGCUGGAGCAGGCUAAUCAGGAGAUUCAGACUCUCCAGAGUGAGAAUGGGAGACUGCGGAGUCUGAAGAUCUGUCUGAACCAGCAGAGAGACGCCUACAUCAGAGAGGUCUCCCAGAGAUCAGGUAAAAGCAAGGAGAGAAUCCGGAGCAUGCUUCAGCGCCUGUCGUCCAAACAGAAGGAGAUGGAGAUGCAGGAGAGACUCCAAGCGGCCAAUCAGCUGCAAGCAGCAGUAGGGGGUGGAGCCUGUUAUUCUCCAACAGAAGACUCGACUGAUGACGUCAUCAUAAUCACAUCCUCCAGCCUGCAGCAACAGUGCAUUCCACAGGCUCCUCCCACUUUUGUUUCUGUCCCACCUACCAGCACACCUUCAUCCACACCUGUCCAAACGCCUGUCCAAACAUCUGUCCAAACACCUGUCCAAGCACCUGUCCAAACACCUGUCCAAGCACCUGUCCAGCAGCCUCAGAGGGUCCUGCAAGUGUCAAGGCCCAUCCUCGCUCCUCCUGGUGUGUCCCACAGUGUAUCGGUGGUGAGGGACAGGCCGAGGACUGUCCCCAACAUCCUGUCUCGCAGUAAGAAUCCAGCUGCAUCACAAUCCAUUAAGGCCGUGGUACCAGCAGAAGUUCUGUCCCUGGUCGGUACUGCGUUGCCGGGGCAACCAGUCCUGACCCUCAGCCAAAUGAUGACGGCACCUACAUUACUGCAGACUUCUUCUACACCAGGCGUGGCCUCAGUCACCCUCAACAUCUCCAAUCUGGCCAAUCAGCAGAUCCACCUCACCUCACUGCCCCACCCCCCAACCGGUAAGAUCUACAGCAGCUCUGCCCCCCUCACCAUCACUAACCUAACAGCCACAGACCUCAACAACCUGCUGCAGCUGGUUCAACCAUCAACUACACCACAACAACAACAACAGCUACUACUACAACCCCAACAACCACCACAAACUAAACAACCACCACAAGAAACACAACAACAACAGCCGCCGCCACCACCUCCCCAGCAGCAGCAGAUCCCAGAGGGUCCACCCCCUUCUCCUCCUGCUCCCCUCCUGGUGGUCUCUGCUGGAUCAGACCCGAUAACAGACCAGGACCAGCCUCCAUUCCACACUGACACUACAUCUGAGGCUCCACCCUCCACCCAGGACCCUUCCUCCACUCCUUGCCCAGGAGCGAGUGCUGACCGUCAGGCUGAGGUCACAGAGGCAGGGCUUGUGGGGGCAGAGCCGCAGCAGGAGACCAGAGAUGACGAGAGUCUGACGUCGCUCCUCAACGAGAUCGUCUUCCUCAACCAGCAGACCGUCACCACGGCAGAGACGCCUUUAUCAGGGAAACCAUCCCCAGGGGAUGAUGUAAUGGACGAAGAUGAGGAGUAUGGACGCGCCAACAGCCCCUGGCUCCUGGAGCUGGACUCUGACUCUGAUGAAACCAUUGCCACGGAGAUGGGGGCGGCAGCGGUUAUUGAUCACACAGACAUGACACCUGGUGGACCGCAGCUUGGACCUGUUAAUGGCAAUGCUAAAGGUGGUGUCCUGGCUCCGCCCCCUCUCCUGCAAAUGAAGGUGGGCGGGGCCAAGGUGGCGGACCCUGCCAGCUGUGAUGAAGCAGCAGGAGGGGAAGGAGAAGGAGAAGGAGGGGGGAAGAGGGAGGGUGGCGUGGCCUGGAGGCCGAUGCCAAGGCUGGUUCCUCUGGGGCUGAGAGGAAACCCACCCAGCUGA